AUGACGGAUCCCAGCGCAGUGUCGGCGGCGGGGGCGGGGGCACAGGGGGCGGCGGGGGCGGGGGCACAGGGGGCGGCAGCGGGGGGAUGGGGGGAGGCAGCGGGCGCGGGGGACGUGCGCGUGCGCAGCGCGCGCCGGGAGGACAUGCCGCGCGUACACGAAAUGAUACAUGAGCUGGCGGCGUUCGAGGGCUUCCCGCAGGGGCCCGCCAUCGCGCUCGACGAUUUGUUGCGAGACGGGUUCGACUCGUCGCCGCCGUGGUUCUUCACGCUGGUGGCGGAGCGCGGGGGCGGCGCGGGGGGCGCAGGGGGCGGGGAGCUGGUGGGCUACGCGCUGUGCAACCGCGCCUACUCGAGCUGGACGGCGCGCGCCUUCUACGUGGAGGACCUGUACGUGGUGCCGAGCCUGCGCCGCGCCGGCGUGGGCCGCCGCCUGCUGCGCCACCUCGCGCAGAUGGCGGUGGCGGAGGGCGUGUCGCGCGUGGACUGGCACGUGGCGGAGGGCAACGCGGCGGCGCGCGCGUUCUACCGCGGGCUGGGCGCGCGCGACCUGCGCACCAGCGAGGGCCGCGCCGCGCUGCGCCUCGACCAACCGCACAUACACGCGCUCGCACGCACGCACUGAGACACACACACGCACACACACACGCGCACGCGCACACACAGACACACACAACACGCACUUCGAAACUCUGCGUGUGUUGCACAUGAGGUUGAGGAAUGAAAAAGUUCAAUUUACAAAAUCUCCACACCAAAUGACACCGCUAUAUUUUCCAAAACAUUUAAGCCGUAUCCGCACCGCGAAUAUUUUUCCGCGUGGAAUUAAUUCGCGCGAAUUAUAUUCCGCGAUCGAAGUUUGACUGUUGAUUUUUUCUGCGAUUUUUUUCCGCAAGUGUGGAUACUCCUAUAGUAUUCGAUGUGUUUAUGUUUAGGUAAUAUUCUCUUGUGUUAAAAUGUACUUACUUACAUUUUCCCGUUUGGGAGUAAUUCAGUGCUAUUGUCACUGUAAAUUUUUUAUUGCUCGUGACUCGUGAGUGUAUAAUCUAUGUACAUAUAUAAAUGUUACUCCCUAGUUUAGGAAAAAUCGUGGAAAAUGUAAGUAUGUUAAACAUUGGAAACAUAUAUUUUUUAUUGCAUUUACUCUUAGUCCUGCUUUUACUUUAAUACCUACUUUGACGAAAAUAUAGUACUUAAUAGAUAAGACUGUAA